GUAGUGGCCAUAUUUGUUGAUGUGUCAUAGCAAAGCCAUUGUACGCGCUGGGCCGAUCAGCUGCUGGCAAGGCAGCUCAAAGUUCACCUUUUUAACUCAAGUCGCCUGCCCACUGAGCCUCUCAUGGAUUUACCACACUCCGUGGGUGAUUUGUCGAGUAGUUUGUAUUUAAGGAAACGUGAGUUUUCUUCAUAAGGGACCCUAGAUGUGAUACGGAAAGGCACCAUGGAACAAGCUGAUACAGCCUCUGAUGUGCACAUGAUGGAAGCAUCUGACGUGGAGUCGAUGACGGGCCUGCAGCGCCAGAAGUGUACGAGUCAAGUGGAAAAUCGCGCAUGUGAAGAUUGCACAGAGGAGUGUGUGCAGACCAAAUACAUUCCUGUGAUCAUCCAAACAGAGGUUGAAGAACAAGGAGGCGGGAGUGAGAUUGCCUCUGAUAACAACGCUGAUAGCAUGAUAGCAAGUUCAGCAGAGGACGAAAGGCCACCUCGACCGAAUGAAGACUCUUCAGGUGAUGCGGUUGAAAGCUCCCGCUCCGUUCUUGAAGGGAGGAUAGAAACGUUACUGACUUUUCAGAAUGAUUCCCUUGUCAAGGAGUCACCGCCGGACGUAGUUUUAAACGAUCACAGCGAUGGGAUUUCGCCACAGAGCGACAGUGGAUUAACCCAACGUGCUUCUAAAGACUCUUCCCCAGACUCUACCACCACAUCGGGUAUCUCUAAUGGCCCCUCCACUCCUACCUCGGACACCAUCAGCUCCUCGCUCGCCUCCAGCCCACAACGCGGCGACAACGCUCCCGUCAGCCCCUCCGAGACCUCGUCCAGCCCGUACGACACAGACUGCAGCCGCAAGAUGAUUUCCCAAAUCCGGCGCUCGUCGUCGCAGGAGGACCUGCUGGAUGACUUGGAGUCUGAGCUGUUGGCCUGUCGGGUGUCUGACGUUGAACGGGAAGGCGAAAGGAAAGGAAGCCCACCUAUGAACGGACUUCCGACGGAACAGGAGGACUGCAUGGUGGAGUUUGAGAAGUGUGUCCAGUACAAGUAUGCACAGCAGGAAAAGUUCAUUCAGAGGUUACUGGAGGAGAACAAGAGGCACCAGGAUCUGAUCCUGGGUAUCUGCUCUGAGAAGGACAACAUGAAGGAGGAACUGAAACAGCGGGCCGAGACAGAGAAGCAGCACGUUGGCACCAUUGGGAAAUUGGAGGGCAGGGUGGAGGAGUUGCUGAGGGAGCUGAAAGAGACUCGGGACAAAUUAAUUCAUCAGGACCAGGCAGCCAAGGCUGGCCUGGCGCAAAUGCAAAAAGAGAUGACGCACCGCCUUGAACAGGCGGACAAGAAAUGCGAGGAGGCACGCCAAGAGAAGGAGACCAUGGUGAUGAAAUAUGUGCGAGGAGAGAAGGAGGCCCUGGACUUGAGACGUGAUAAGGAAAGUAUAGAGAAGACGCUGAGGGAGGCCAAGAAGGAGGUGGACCGUCAGGCCCUACGAGGGAACCAGCUCGCCCAGGAGAGAGGCCGGCUGCAGCAACUGUGCGACGCAAAGGAAGGGGAAGUCACUAGACUAUCUCGCGAGGUGGAAAAGUUAAAGGAGGAAAACAACUCUCAUCUUAUAAAGGUCAGAUGGGCGCAGAACAAACUCAAGAGUGAGGCCGACGCCCACAAGGAGUCGAAAGACAAGCUGAGGGACGUCACGUCCAAACUGGCGCAAGCCAAAGAAGAGACCGAGCAGAUCCGCAAGAACUGCCAAGACAUGAUCCGAACAUACCAGGAAUCCGAAGAGAUCAAGUCCAACGAGCUGGAUGCUAAACUCAGGGAGACCAAAGGAGAACUGGAGAAACACAAGCAGGAGCAAACUGACCAAUUAGAGGUGCAUCGUGUGAAGGCUAAAGAGCUGGACGACCUGAAGAGAAGUUACAAGGAGAGCAUGGAUGAACUGGACACUCUCCGCACUAAGUUGAAGUGUCUGGAGGACGAGCGUCCGCGAUGGGAGGACGAGCUGAGCAAGUACCGGGAGAUCAUCAACAGGCAGAAAGCCGAAAUCGGUCGCCACAGGGAGGACCUGGACAAGAUCGCCACACUUCAGGAGCAGCAUGAAUGGGACCAGAAGGAGAUCACGUCUUCCUGCGAGGAGGUCGCGUCGCUGAACAACCAGAUGGCUGAUCUCCAGCGCGACGUGCAGGGCAGCAGAGAGCGCGAGGCCGAGCUGCUGGGCUUCACCGAGAAGCUCAGCAGCAAGAACGCGCAGCUGCAGUCCGAGAGCAAUGGUCUGCAGGCGCAGCUGGAUCAGGUCAACGCCAGGUUUGCCGAGCUCCGGGCCAAGCUGGAGGAGACCAGCGGCAUGCUGGACGAAAAGUCACGGCGGCUUAAGCACGAAGAGCUGCUGAGGCAGCAGGAGGUGCGGGGUCUUCAGGAAGAGCGUACGGUGCUGGAAGCCGAGGUGGGCCAGCUGAGGACGCGAGUCGAUGAGUUGAGGGACGAGCUGGUGACGCAGAAAAGGAAGCAGGCGGCCAACAUCAAGGACCUGACCAAACAGCUAAUGCAAGCUCGAAAGCGACUAGAGCAGGUUGAAAAUGGAGGCUGCGAUCGGGAUGGCGGCAGCAUGGGAAGCCGAUCCAGUUCAUCAGGCUCCUUGAACGUACGUCACGGCGGUAGCGAGGAGCCGGUGAGCCAGUCGGGCCCCGCGGUGGUGGUCGUAGACAGCUUCCCGGAGGUGGACAAAGCCGUGCUGGUGGAGCGCAUCGUCCGCCUGCAGAAGGCGCUGGCUCGCAAGCAGGAGAAGAUCGAGUUCAUGGAGGAUCACAUCAAGCAACUAGUGGAGGAGAUACGGAAAAAGACAAAAAUCAUCCAGAGCUACGUGCUCAGGGAAGAAUCGGGGGCCCUCUCGUCGGAGGCGUCGGACAUCAACAAAGCGCACCUCAGCAGGCGGGGCGGCAUCAUGGCGUCGCUGUACACGUCCCAUCCGGCUGACAGCGGGCUGACUCUGGACCUGUCGUUGGAGAUCAACAGGAAGCUGCAGGCAGUGCUGGAGGACACGCUGCUGAAGAACAUCACACUCAAGGAGAACCUUCAGACUUUGGGCGCGGAGAUCGAGAAGCUGAUAAAACAGCAGCGAGACCCUGCGGACGCAGCAAGGAGGACAUAAGCGGACAUUUUAACGAAUGACUGAUCUUCAAUGUGCCAGUAGCAUCUCUUCUCCUCUUACUUGAAUCGUUCCAUCUCCUGAUCUCUGGAUCUUCUUCCGCAAUGAGCCAUGCCGUGAUUCUUCUGUGGACCUUUCAGGACCUCCAAGGGGGGGCGUAAUAGUGAAUGUAUAAAAAAAAAAAAAAAAAUUAAGCAUGGAUGUGAAUCUUCUGAUUAAGCCAAAAUGUUCUAACCCGACAUGACGUCCAUACAGUACAUGAAGCAGCGGCCAUCUUUGUAAUGAAGUCAAAUACAGCCAGUCUGAAUGUCAUUUUGUAAUUUAUUUUUCUUCCACUAUGCUUUUAUUUCCCUCGUCUAUGUAUAUUUUUUUUUAGCAUUAGCUCUUUUAGAAUGUCUGUAAUUUUAUUUAAAUAGACUUAUGAAGAAUUACCUCAGACAUUUUGGCGUUUUCUUUUUUUUUCACCCCCCUCACUAGUCACAUAUUGUGGUUCCACUUGUAGCUCAAAAUCAAGGGCGGCAAUCAAAACUAACAUAAUUUUCAGUUUCUUUGCAUUUGUUUUAAUGGGAUUUCACCGUGUCAACUCACUAUUCCGUGCAACGGGAACCUUCAAUUUAAUAGGAUUUAGUGGGUGUAUAUUACUGUAGUACUCCACUUGCAGGGAAAUAAUGAUAUCAUGUAGUGCACUAAUGAGUUUAUUGGUUUUUUUUGGGGGGGGGGUGCACCAUGUGCAUACUACUUAUACUACUUAGUACGGAAAUGUCUUAAAUGUUGAGGUAUUCUGAUCUGACCAUGGUUUUGUUUUGUUUUUUUUUUGUUUUUUGGAGUGGAAGCUCUAUACCUCCAAAAGGUUCUACUCUAGCCAGGGACAGGAAGUGCAAUGUGCGUCCUUUCUUUUAGCAUGUUUAACAUGUAUGAAUGAUUUCAUUUUUUUUUGUUGCUUUGUUUUUGUUUGCAACUCGAUGAUUCAGACUUUGCAUUACGGUAACAGCAGACAUUUUACUCUCCAAAAAAAUGAAGGGAACAGUAAAGACAAGCACUUGGAGGUUUACCCCCUGUCAUGUACGCUCUGAGGCAACACUGACAUAUUAAUUUUGGUGGCGUAUGACCUUUACUUUGGAUAAUUAAAUCCAUUUAUUUUCAUAAAAAGUUGAUUUUUUUUCCCACCCCAUUCUGUGCAAUCCUUUUGCAGGUUCUGUCAAACUGUGAUUGUAAGUUUGUAGAUUCUGUGAAAUGGACCUUUUUAAAUGGAGUAUCUAUCUGUAUAUAUAUAUAUGUACAUAUGUACAGGUGCAUAUCAAGUUAGAAGAUUAUUCUGCAUGUUCAGUUUCAUUUUUGAAACUACUGAAAUAAUAAUAAUUCUAAUUUCUUGAAAUGCACCUGUAUAUGCAGUGGCUCCAGGGAAUAAAAAAAUGACAUGCGUCUUAACUACAUGUAGUAUUUGUUUGUUUUUGCUUUUGCAGUGUACAUUUAGUGGCUCUUUUUUUUGUGCAUGAGGCAGAUUUAGGAGACCUUUUUUUCCAGAAGGUGCAACAUCAGCGAUGCUGGAGGUCAAAGCAUAUGAUUUAAGCGCCACAGGGGUUCGUCUACAACAGCAAGAGGCAACCUGCCUGCUAGUACAUUUACAGGAAGUGUCUUUCAAUCAUACGUCUGCGAGAUGUAGCUCCACUACACGGCAAUUAAUCAUCAGGUAAGAAAAAAAAAAAUGUAAUCUUACUUUCUCGUAGGUGGGUUUUUAUCCUGCGGGUUCCUUUUACAGGCAUUGAUCCUGCAGAGGUUAUUUUUAGCUCCCAGCUUAGGUUGACCACUCUUGAAUUCAUAAGAGCUAACCUUUUAUGACA